CGCUGCUGCCCCAGGAUUGACCCGCGGAGGGUAAGGGGCUGGGCUCGCACCAGGGACCCCAUGGCACCCAGCGGACACGGCCCAGUGGGGGGCUACGGACCCUGCACGCUACCCCCCGCCCCCCGGUGACCCUCUGUCCCGGGAGCGCUGCACGGAGCCGCGUCCCAGGCUCCCCCCGUUGUGGCAGGCGGCUCCUCUGACCCCCUGGAUCAUCUCUGCUGGCCAGACCUCCUGUGACCACCCGGGGCUGCUUCUCUAGGGAGGGCGGAUGGGGCUGGGGUGAGGGGGCCCCACGGCAGGGCCCAGCCUGGGGCUAUGGAGCCCCUGCCCCGGUGCCGCCCCUGCAGGACGAUCCACUUGUUCCUGUGGGAAUUGCACCCCCUGCUCUGAGCGGAGCCCCCCACCCCACCACCGCUGGACCCUCCACACCGGGGACCCGCUGGUGCUGAGAAUGUGCAACACCACCCUGGUCAGCUGCAACGUGGAGUCCAAGAUUGACCACCUCUUCCCCCCCACGCUGUACAUCAUGGUCAUCACCCUCGGGCUGCCCACCAAUUGCAUGGCCCUGUGGGCCGCCUACCUGCAGGUCCAGCAGCACAACGAGCUGGGCGUCUACCUGCUCAACCUGUCCGUGGCCGACCUGCUCUACAUCGCCACCCUGCCCCUGUGGAUCGACUACUUCCUGCACUACGACAACUGGAUCCACGGGCAGGAGUCCUGCAAGCUCUUCGGCUUCAUUUUCUACACUAAUAUCUACAUCAGCAUUGCCUUCCUGUGCUGCAUCUCCGUGGACCGCUACCUGGCCGUGGCCCACCCGCUGCGCUUCGUCAAGGUGCGCCGGAUCAAGACAGCCGUGGCCGUGAGCGUCGUGGUCUGGGCCAUCGAGAUCGGGGCCAACUCGGCCCCGCUCUUCCACAACGAGCUCUUCCACGACCGCUACAACCACACCUUCUGCUUCGAGAAGUACCCCAUGGAGGAGUGGGUGGCCUGGAUGAACCUCUACCGGGUCUUCAUCGGCUUCCUCUUCCCCUGGGUGCUCAUGCUCUUCUCCUACCAGGGCAUCCUGUGGGCCGUGCGUGGCAACGUCUCCACCGAGCAGCAGGAGAAAGCCAAGAUCAAGCGGCUGGCCCUCAGCCUCAUCGCAAUCCUCCUCUUCUGCUUCGCCCCCUACCACGUCAUCCUGCUGUCCCGCAGCGCCGUCUACCUCAGCAAGCCUUGCGACUGCAGCUUCGAGGAGAAGGUCUUCGUGGCCUACCACAGCUCGCUGGCUUUCACCAGCCUCAACUGCGUGGCCGACCCCAUCCUGUACUGCUUCGUCAACGAGGGGGCCCGCGGCGACGUGGCCAAGGCCCUGUCCACCCUGCUGCGCUUCCUCACCAGCUCCAAGCCCCAGGAGAUGGCCACCGCCUCGCUCACCCUGGACACCCCGCUCUCCUCCAAGAAGAGCAGCUUCUGCCGGCUCCCUGCGCCCCCCCCCCCCAGGCUCCAUACGCAUUUGCUGNCCCUGCCCCUGCCCCCCCCAGGCCCACCCGAUGAGGAGCUACAGAUGAAGAUCUUGACUUUUAACCCAUGAGCUCUCCCUGUUAGCACCAUGGCCCAGAUGCAAACGGAUGUAAAUACAGUAUUGUUCUUAAUGAUGAUAAUGCAGGGGCCCAGCAUGGUACAGCCAUGCCCAGUGAGGCCCCUGGGAGGCAGCGUGGGACUGCCUGGCCUGACGGGGGCUGUGCCAGGACUGCCGGACACCUGGGUUCUGCAGCCAUGUAAGAAAGGGGAAAUGGCUGAAAUACAG